AUGCCACCAAGUUACAUCCUAACCACCGGCGCAACUGGCUUCAUCGGCGCACACGUCGUCUCCCACCUCCUAUCUAAGGGCAUUCGAGUCCGUGGUACCUACCGUUCCCAAAAGAAAGUCGAUGUGAUUGUUUCCCAUUUCCGUACCCUUUAUGGGGAUAAAGUCGAUACCCUCCUUGACUUUGUCUAUACGGGAGAUCUUGCGGCACCUGGAUGUUUUGACGAGGCUCUAAAGGGGGGUAUUGAUGCGGUUAUUCAUUGUGCUAGUCCACUAAACUUCACCCUGACACCCUCCGAAAUCAUCAACCCCGCCAUUUCCGGUACAAAGUCUCUAUUGGCAUCAAUAACCGCUACCCCUUCCGUUCAAAAACUCGUGGUCCUAUCAUCCUUCGCCGCAGUUGUAGACGAGUUUAACAAAGGACUAGGUCCCGACGUCGAAUACACUGCUAACGAUUGGAACCCAAUCACUUACGAACAAGGGAUGUCUGAACUAAGGUAUUCUUAUCUAGCUUCUAAGGCGUUAAGUGAGAAGCAGGUUUGGGAAUGGAAGGGGAAAGAAGAGGAAGGUGGAAGGGUUGGGGUUGUUAGUUUGUGUCCGCCUUUGGUGUUCGGACCGAUAGCUCAUCCGGUGGAAAAGAUCUCGGAGCUGAAUAGUAGUAAUGCGGAGUUAUGGUUUUUGACGACGGGGUUUAGUCCAUUGCCUUUAUCUCCCGUUCCUGCAUGGGUCUCAAUCCACGACUUAACCACCGCGCUGGUUAAUGCCGCGAUAGAUGAUUCAAUCACUAAUAAAAGGUAUACCAUCGCCUCACCACAACCAUUCUCUUCCCAACUUGCCGCAGACUCGUUUAGAGAGUUGUUCGAGUGGGCGAAGGAAAGGGUUACUGAGGGUGAGCCGGGUAAGUACCCCGACGUUAGUAAGUUGGAAGGAGAUAUUGCGAAGAAAGAGUUAUUGGGUGGGAAGGAGUAUGUUGGGUGGAAGGAGACGCUCUUGGAGGCUGUGGAACAGUUUAAGAAGAUUGAAGAUGCUGAGAAGGAUAAGACUAAAUGA